UCUCUUCGACCUCGGGUCUUGCUCACAGCAGCUCGCCAUUCCUUCAAUUGAAACAGAUUGAGGCAGAUCUGGGUGUCAAUCCCAGCAGAAUGGCCUUGCAGCUCUUGGAGGACUGGCUUAACCAAGCCGAACUGGCCCUCCAACAAUGGCUGCCAAUUGAAGUCGCCCACUACGUAUGGGCGGCCCUCUGGACUGCCCUCGGGGCUGCUGCACUGUAUCGAACCUACCGUCCCCUCGACAAGCCACGACUGUAUUCUGUUUCUGGUCCCAAGCUGCCCGAAAGGGAAGAAAUAUUAGAGCAGCCGAGUGUGAGGACGUCCGGGACCUCGGCCAUCCAGUGCUACAACCCAACAACAGGAGAAUUCCUCGGUCUUAUCAACCCCUCGACCCCCGCCGCCGUUGACCGGGCUAUCGAGCAGGCCGCCACGGCACAGAAGAAAUGGGCUGCUACGAGCUUCCGCGAGAGACGGGCUGUCCUUCGGAGCAUGCUGCAGCACGUGCUAGAUAACCAGGAGAUGACCUGCAAGGUGGCAUGUCUGAACUCGGGCAAGAACAUGGUGGACGCUCAGAUGGGCGAGAUCCUAGUCACGGCUGAGAAGCUGCAGUGGACAAUCAAACACGGCGAGAGGGCUCUGGCACCAUCGAGACGGCCCACCAACCUGCUCUUGUCGCAUAAGCGGAAUAUAGUCAUCUAUGAGCCGCUGGGAGUCGUCGCCGCCUUGGUUAGCUGGAACUAUCCUUUCCAUAAUCUCUUGGCCCCAAUAAUCUCGGCCAUCUUUGCCGGCAAUGGCAUAUUGACCAAGGCUUCCGAGCAGACAGCUUGGAGUGCACACUAUUUCGCUAGCAUUGCACGGGGAGCGCUCGUAGCCCAUGGUCACGAUCCUGGCUUGAUACAGACAAUAGUGUGCUGGCCCCAGACAGCCGCCUACAUCACCAGUCACCCGGCUAUAUCGCACAUUACCUUUAUAGGCUCUCAGGCAGUAGCUCAGAAGGUAGCUGCCUCAGCAGCCAAGGCCUUGAUACCUGUCUGCGCCGAACUCGGCGGCAAGGACCAUUUCAUCCUGUUACAAUCCGCCCUCCCAAAUGUCAAAUCCAUCGUUGAGGUGCUCCUCCGCGCCACCUUUCAGUCAAGCGGACAGAACUGCAUCGGCGCCGAGCGGGUUAUUGCCGCCCCAGCCGUCUACGAUCAGUUAAUUCCACUCCUUACAGACCGCGUCAAGGACCUCCGUCUCGGCCCGGAUGGAGAUAUGGGUGCCAUGAUCUCCGACUCGUCUUUUGCCAAGCUCGAGUCUCUCAUCGGCGAUGCCAUCCUCCACGGAGCACAUGUACUUGCUGGCGCAAAACGGCAUAUACAUCCCGACUGCCCCAGAGGCCAUUACUUUUUACCCACUCUCAUCGUAGACGUCACUCCUGAGAUGGAAAUUGCCAAUGAGGAGUGCUUCGGCCCCAUUCUGAUCCUAAUGAGAGCCGAAAAUGGCAACUUCUCCUCGCCCGAGGCAGAGGCAGAGGCAAUACUGAAGAUGGCGAACGCCCCCAACUUCGGGCUCGGCAGCUCCGUCUUCGGCCGCGACUCCGAUCCUGUCCUCAAGGCUGUCGUCCGUGGUCUCAAGGCCGGCAUGGUGGCCGUGAAUGACUUUGCCACAUACUACGCAGCGCAGAUGCCGUUCGGGGGCGUCGGAGGCUCCGGUUACGGCCGUUUUGCCGGCGAGGAGGGGCUCAGGGGUGUCUGUAACGUCAAGAGUAUAUACGAGGACCGUUUUGGCUGGCUGGGCAUCAGGACGGGCAUACCACCAGCCAUCCGCUACCCGGUUAGGAGCCAGCACCGCAGCUGGCAAUUUGCCAAGGGCGUUGUGGAGCUCGGUUAUGGCAUUAGCACGGCGAGGAAGGGGAAGGGGCUACUAGAAAUAAUAAAGAACAGCUAGUCGCCAGGGCGCAGAAGUGGCCAGAGGCGGGCAAAGCUGUAAUAGGUGAAGUAGGUAUAU